AUGGGAGAUGGCAACACCAACAGCAGCAACAGAGGCGUUUCGAGCAGUAACCACAAUAACAAUACUAGUAAUAGGCCCGAAUGGUUACAACAGUACGAUCUGAUAGGUAAGAUCGGAGAGGGCACUUACGGUUUGGUUUUCUUGGCGAAGAUCAAGUCUAAUAGGAGCAAGUCAAUAGCCAUCAAGAAGUUCAAGCAGUCCAAGGAUGGAGAUGGAGUAUCCCCCACUGCCAUCCGCGAAAUCAUGUUGCUUCGGGAGAUAUCCCACGAAAAUGUGGUAAAGCUUGUGAAUGUGCACAUCAACCAUGCGGACAUGUCCCUCUAUCUAGCUUUUGAUUAUGCUGAGCAUGAUCUUUAUGAGAUUAUUAGGCAUCAUAGGGACAAGGUUAACCAUGGCAUCAAUCAGUACACUGUCAAGUCACUGUUGUGGCAGCUGCUUAAUGGGCUAAAUUACCUUCACAGUAAUUGGAUUGUACAUAGAGAUCUCAAGCCAUCCAAUAUCUUGGUAAUGGGUGAGGUGGAGGAACAAGGAGUUGUUAAAAUUGCUGAUUUUGGUCUUGCGAGAAUUUAUCAAGCUCCCCUCAAGCCAUUAUCUGAAAAUGGGGUCGUUGUAACCAUUUGGUAUCGUGCACCUGAGUUACUCCUUGGGGCAAAGCACUAUACCAGUGCUGUUGAUAUGUGGGCUGUCGGCUGCAUAUUUGCUGAGCUCCUGACUCUUAAGCCACUAUUUCAAGGGCAAGAAGUAAAAGCCACACCAAACCCGUUUCAGCUUGAUCAACUUGAUAAAAUAUUCAAGGUCUUAGGUCAUCCCACUCAAGAAAAAUGGCCAAUACUAGCGAAUCUUCCCCAUUGGCAAUCCGAUCAGCAACAAAUACAACAGCAUAAAUA